GUACUGUCCGCGCCGUGUUGAGCAGCAGCAGCAGCAGCAGCAAUGGCCGCUCUUCGUACAGUGGCAGCGUUGGCCGGUAGACUAAACCUCCGCUUCGCGGGGAGAAACCGGCUCCUGGAGAUUCAAGCGGCCAGAGGAAAGAGGUCACGGAGGUGCGUGGAGGUCGGGGUGUGUGUCGCAGCGGGAGGCGCCUUGGCUCUUUACUUCUACGGCGCCGUGACGAGAAGCAGGAAGACGAUGGAGAGACGGAGCAUCAGCGGAAUGUUUCCCUUCGUCCCCGCUGUCGAAGCCAAAGAGAGGACACGUGCAUUUGAUUUUGAGGAUGGAGACGUGCACAUGUCCUCCCAUGAGCAUCGCUUUCGGAUGUUCAGCUCUGUGGAGUAUGAAGGGCAGCUGUACAUGACACCACAGAACUUCAUCGAGUCCGUCACUAUGAGUGAACCAAGAAAUAAGAAGCCCUGGAGGUCCCUGACCAAACAGGAGUUGGAGAAGAUUCUGUCAGAAACUCCCCCAGUGUGGAGAGGAUCAUCCAAACUGUUCCGCAAUCUGAGAGAAAGAGGUAUCAUUUCAUACACAGAGUACCUCUUUCUGCUCUGCAUCCUGACAAAGCCCCAUGCUGGCUUUAAGAUUGCUUUCAAUAUGUUUGAUGCUGACGGUAACCAGAUGGUGGACAAGAGGGAGUUCCUGGUGCUUCAGGAAAUCUUCCGGAAGAAAAAUGAGAAGAAGGGGAGGAAAGGAGAUGCUGAAAAGUCGGCCCAGUUGACUAUGCAGCUGUAUGGAUAUCAGGUUGUCCCCAUGAACAGCGUUCUUAAAAAAGACAGUCAGGAGUUUGUGGCUCGGAGUUACUGGGACAUUCUGAGGCGAAGCACCAGUCAAGUCCUCUUUUCUGACCUGGCAGAGCGAAUAGAUGAGAACAUGACGAUUGACACUACCCUGUUGGUCCAUUUUUUUGGGAAGAAAGGGAAGGCAGAGCUUACCUUUGAUGACUUCUACAGAUUCAUGGACAAUCUUCAGACAGAAGUAUUGGAAAUUGAGUUCCUUACCUAUUCCAAAGGAAUGACUACCAUCAGUGAAGAAGAUUUUGCCAAGAUUCUGCUACGCUUCACAAAUGUGGAAAACAUCAAUUCAUACUUGGAGAAUGUCCGCCAGUGUAUACCCGAUGAAAAGAAGCAGGAGGGAAUCACCUUUGAUGAGUUCAGAUCCUUCUUCCAGUUCCUUAACAAUCUAGAGGACUUUGCUAUUGCAAUGCAGAUGUACAAUUUUGCUUCUCGUUCCAUUGGACAGGAUGAGUUUGCACGGGCAGUGUAUGUGGCCACUGGGCUGAAGCUGACCCGUCACCUGGUAAACACCAUCUUCAAGAUCUUUGAUGUGGAUCACGAUGACCAACUCUCCUACAAAGAGUUUAUUGGCAUUAUGAAAGACCGACUACACAGAGGAGCCACGGGGUAUAAAGCUAUGGAGCGUACCACCUCCUUUAGAUCCUGUCUGAAGAAGGAGCUGGCAGCCAGCAGGUGAAGGGUGGACAGCACACCUCCUUCUCCAGCUGCGUUCGCUCUGAGGCCAGGAGACAAGUGCAGCAGCUGUGGAGGCAGUUCAAGGAGAAGUCCUGAAGGAGAACAGAAAAAUACAGAGGGAGGCGGAAAAAAGACGAGUGAGGGAACCAAGACAGAUUCCCAAAGUCUGAAACUGCUACAAACAUGUGCACUAAUAAUGAGUCAUUUUAGUCUUUUUAGGUUCUGUUCUCCUCAUCUUGUUCCAUCCUCCAGGAGCACGAAAACACAAACACAUUCAAAUAAACCGUGACUGUCCAAACAUGGAGCACAGAUUCCAAUGGACUCAUUUUACCAUUAGUAUUUUGUGUGCAUGUGUGUGUGUUAACUGCGUGAAACAUUCAGUUCAGAUUUUCAAACGCAUUUAGCGUUUCCAGCACACUACCAACUAGCAUUGCAAUAUAAAUAACCCAAAAUUACUAACUAUCACACAUUUCUCUUCAUAAAGUUGUUUCAACAAAUUAACAAACUGCCGUCCGACAAAGAUAAAGAUAAUAAAGAAUGAUUAUUUAUUUAAUACCUACUAAAUAUACAGUUUGGAACCAAAAUCUUAGGCGUAUUAUCAUUUUUAAAAGAAUAAAUAUGUUGGAAAACCAAUGAAAAGUUAAACAGCGCUAAUAAUUAAAGAUGACUUAAAGAUGAACCAAAAUAAAAGUCUUAUAUAAUUAAUCUUUGCCUUUAAAACAUUCAAGUUAUUUUUGGUGAACUACCAUGUGGUUUUACAAAAACAUGCUGAUGAAUUAAUUACUCAUUCAUUAUCUUUGUUCGUGGAAUCAUCCAUUGGAGUAUAAAUCAGAUUUUUUUUUUCUCCUUAUGUUAAAGCAUUUGUUGUUUUCUUUAAAAGAACAGUUUAUAUUUGGAUAUAUGUCCUGAUAGACUGAUGAAAUAAACUCAAAACCACAUUUAUACAGAAACACAAGGAUGCUCAAGAUGUUAAUCAUAAUGGAAAUGCAAAAUACACAAUAUCACAUAUAAUUACAAACAUGAAUCUAACACUAGCAAACUAGACACUGCAAAAGACUAAAA